AUGCUCCUUAACGCCACAGUCCCUCUGUCUGUGGAUUUCGACACUCCGGAGGACUUCCUCAUCUUCAUCUUCCAUAUCCUGUUCGCCACAAGCGCAGUACUGGUCGCCGGCUCGGUGGUCGUCGGGAUAUCCUCCACCCGGUCUCUGCGAGGCCAGAACCGGUUCAUAUUCAUGCUCAACACGAGCAUCAGCGACACCCUGACCGGCUUCUCGGUCUACUACCUCGGCCUCUUCGACGUCCAAGAGGGGUAUCCAUCUAGAAAUGGGACAUAUUAUAUUUUACCCUCAUUUCUAGGUGUCAAUGUGUUAACCUUCCUGUUCGCUCAGUUUGACCGCUACUUCGCUGUGUGUCAUCCUUUCUUUUACAACCGAUACAUAACCAGAUACUUUGUGAUUGGGAUUUGCGCAUUUUGUUGGAUUUACACAUACACUAUCCUCACCGUGCAGAACAUGGUGCCUAUUUCAAAGGCGGCUCAAAUAAACGCGUUUGGUGUGAUGACCUUACAAAUUAUAGUGCUCAUUAAAGUGCUGAUGACAAUUCAGUUAUACAUCAUAGCCCGGAGCCACCUGGUGAGAGAGGCGCCCAGUGCGGAGAGAGACAACAAGAAAGAGUCGCUGCGCAUCAUUGUGUUUGUGGUUAUCUGCUUCUUGGCUCUGUGGGUGCCGUCCUUUGUUAAUAUAAUUGUCAGACAGCUGACGAGGAAAGGUUUGAGGUUUAGGAAUGAAGCCACUAAUUUGUUCGCCACCAUGGCGCGUCUGAACGCACUGGUGACCCCGGCUCUGUACAUCUGGGGCAGCCCGGCGCUGCGGGAGGCCGUGUGGAGAGUUGUGUGGCGCAGGAUCUGCCCCUGCAGGAGGGCCAGAAUUGGCUAUAACUUCAAUGGAGUGGCAAACAAAAUGAAGCAUCAGACAGCAUCUGCAUCAUCGUAA